AUGUCAUCCGAUUCAAUUAUUAAAUUGAACAUCGGCGGCACCAUUUUUCAAACCACAAAAGCCACAUUAUCAAAAUUCAACGGAAUGUUCAAAGUGAUGAUGGAGACUGAUAUUCCGGUUGCCAAAGACGAAUCCGGUGCGAUUUUCAUUGACCGAUCACCGAAACACUUCGAUUCGAUUCUGAAUUAUCUUCGUGAUGGAAAUAUUGUUUUACCGGAGUCAAGAAAAAAAGAAGUGAAGGAAAUUGAAAAAGAAGCACAUUUCUAUUUAUUGGAUGGUCUCGUCGAGUUGUGCAAUCAGAAAAUUUCGGAAAAAUCGGAAAAUUCUCACAAAAAGCUUCUGAAAACAAUCGAUUGUGAUUCGGAUCUUCUUCAAAUUAUUGUCGAUCCAAUCAAGCAGUACGAACAUAAAAUGGACGUUUAUUUCAAACCCUACGAAACCGGACGCUCGGCGAGAUGUUUGGAAUGGCAAUGGACAUUUUACAGGAAGAAUUAUGCCGAAGGAAAUCUUCAACGUGACCCUCGUCAAACAUUCGGACAACAGCUCGAAGCUAGUCUUAAAUUUUUCUUCACCGAUUUUCCGGAUUUUCAAAUUUAA